AUGGAGAUGUUUAGAAGAUCUGAUUGGUCAAAAACUUCGGUUUUAUUUAGUAAAACAAGAAAUACAGCUGCUCACGAUAUACUGCAAGCUGCAAAAAGUAGUGAUAUGCUGCUUUUACAGCAAGUUCUACCAAAUGAAGGAAUCGAAAUAUUUGCUAACCAACUAGAUCGCGAUCGUUUAGCCCCAUUACACUAUGCGGCUAGAGGUGGUAAUGUUGAACUCAUUGAAGGCUUAAUUGCAAGAGGUGCAGUAUAUGCCUCGAAAAAGCCUUGCUGUGUGCCUGGCCAAUGGUCUGGUAUGAUAUUGCAAGGAGGCUUUGAUUCUAUGGGAAAGGGUAAAGCUCAAAAAAAUAUUACUUUCGCUGCUAAAUUACAUGUCUACCUCGAUGCCAAAAUGGGCAAAUACAGGGUUGACGAGAGCAUCACCACUUCCAAAAGCAAUAUCACCGUCAUUUCCGACUAUAAGGCUGGUCUUCAAUACCUUGUGAUUGGUAAGAAGUGUACUACUAGCAAGUUGAUGGGAAAAUUCCCCAAUCUGUGUAUUCCGAAGACUGCAAAUUUCCUUGGAAGUGGAGUACUUGGCUUAAAAUUAAAUUAUGAUUUAUUCAGCUUUUCGUCUACUGAUCGAAAAACUGCUGGUAUUGUGGCUGUAACCGACAAAGGCUGUCUACCUGUUUUUGAAUCGAUAACCUUGCCUGUUGCUGGUAAGACACCACAGCAAGUAGCUGUUUCUCAGAUCUUUAGCAACAUCAAGCCUGGAAUUAAAGAUGAUUCAAUAUUUAAAAAGCCUUCAAACUGCCCUUCUCAACCUGAAAAGGUCAUUCAAGGCUUGGAUCCUCUAACUUAUCUUCAUGAGAGAUUGUGCAUCAAACAGACCGUCAAGAAAGAAUUCUUUUUAUUACUUUUAUCAUGCAAAGCGGUUGACAAAAAUCAAAGAAACGACAGUCUUGACGAUUAA